GCGGUGGCGCUCGGGACUAAGCCGGGGAUCUCGGAGGGAGAGAGGAUGGCUUCGUGGAACCCCGACGCCCCGUGUUCCUGCGAUUGCUUUGUCUCGGUACCCCCGGCCUCGGCCAUCCCCGCGGUGAUCUUUGCCAAGAACUCUGACCGGCCCCGGGACGAAGUGCAGGAGGUGGUGUUUGUACCGGCAAGCACCCACGCCCCUGGGAGCCGGCUCCAGUGCACCUACAUUGAGGUGGAACAGGUGUCAAAGACUCACGCUGUGAUCCUGAGCCGCCCUUCUUGGCUGUGGGGGGCUGAGAUGGGCGCCAAUGAGCAUGGCGUCUGUAUUGGCAAUGAGGCAGUGUGGACCAAGGAGCCAGUUGACGAGGGGGAAGCUCUGCUGGGCAUGGAUCUGCUCAGGCUAGCUUUAGAACGGAGCCGCUCUGCCCUGGAGGCCUUGCACGUGAUCACGGGCUUGCUGGAGCGCUACGGGCAAGGGGGCGGCUGCCAGGAGGACCCCGCACCAUUCUGCUACCACAACACUUUCCUGCUGGCUGACCGGACUGAGGCAUGGGUACUGGAGACGGCGGGGAGGCUGUGGGCCGCACAGAGGAUCCAGGAGGGGGCCCGCAACAUCUCCAACCAGUUGAGCAUUGGCACGGACAUCUCGGCCGAACACUCGGAGCUGCGGACCCACGCCCUGGCCCAGAGCUGGUGGGAUGGGCAGGGCACUUUUGACUUCGCUCAGGUCUUCUCCCUGACCCAGCAGCCUGUGCGCAUGGAGGCUGCCAAAGCCCGCUUCCAGGCUGGGCAGGAGCUGCUGCAGCAGCAAAGAGGGGGCAUCACGGCAGAGGUGAUGAUGGGCAUCCUCAGGAACAAGGAGAGUGGCAUCUGCAUGGACUCAGGAGGCUUUCGCACCACGGCCAGCAUGGUGUCCAUCCUGCCCCGGGACCCCACACAGCCCUGUGUCCACUUCCUCACCGCCACGCCAGACCCAUCCAGGUCAGUGUUCAAACCUUUCAUCUUUGGGGCAGGGACGGCCCAGGCCCCCCAGGUGCUGUCCCCCACUUUUGGAGCACAGGACCCUGUUCGGACCCAGCCCCGAUUCCAGACUCAGGUGGAUCGGCGGCACACCCUCUACCGCGGACACCAGGUGGCUCUGGGACUGAUGGAGAGUGAGCAGGAUCGGGGGCAGCAGCUCCGGCAGAAGCAGCGGGAUCUGGAGCAGGAAGGCCUGGAGGCUGCGCGGGGACUGCUGGCCGGGGGGUGGGCCCCACCGCCGCAGGAGCUGGCCACCCUCUUCCAGGCCUUUGUGGAGAGGGAGGGCCAGGUGUACGCCUGA